AUUAGGUCUAUGUACUCAAAGAGUCAAAGCAUAGACUAGUUAAAAAUUCAAGUUUGCUAUGGCUUGAAAUGACAAUUGACAAUUAAAAAUGCCAAAAAUAGAAAUAAAUAAUAAAUCUUGUUUAUUGUUGCCGUUGGUACAUCCAUAGAGAAUUUCUCUAUGGGUACAUCUGUUGAGCUAUUUUGGAAUACCGGAAUUAUUUAGUACCGUUCAUCUACCAUAUUGGUCCGUUCGUGAUAGUUAUAGUUCUCAGGAAAUAUUCAUUAGGGACAACAAUGAGUGGUGUAAGGAAAUGUAAAGAGUUUUUGGGAAGUCUGACUCUAGAAGAGCUGAAAACUGUUAAGGUGGAAAUCAAGAGAAAAAAUAUUCCUGAACCUAAGGAACACAUGACGAUACAUAGAGGACUUUAUGAUCCGAAAAGCCUUGUAAUCCAUUUUAAGAAAGAAUCUUUACGAGGAAUAUUUGAUAGAGAAGACAUAGUUUUGAAUCAGGAAUUUGGUGAAGAAAAUAUCAAGACAAAUUCAAGAGGUCGUGAUAGAAGUUCUUCGUCUGAAGACAAUAGAAAAUCAGAAGUAUCAAGAGAUAUAUCUUAUCACCGUGAAUAUUUGAAAGGAGAAAAAAACGAACGGGAAAGAUCAUAUAGGAGCCGCUCUCGAUCAGGCGGUAGAUACAGAAGUCGUUCAGGAUCUUAUAGAAGAAGAAGCAGAUCACCCUCAAGAAAAAACACAGAAAGGAGAAGGAGCACAUGUUCCUCCCCACGAACACAGCCCAAAAAAAAGCCUGGUCUAUUUAUACCAACUGAGAGUGAUUAUUUGAGACAUAAAAGAAGAAAAACUCAUAGAUCUCGUUCUCCGGUAGCAUCAUGUAGUAAGAAUGAAGAUAGGGAACAUUCUAGCAGGUCUAAUGCAGAUAGAUAUAGAAGAAGUAGAAGUCGAUCUAGUUCAAGAAGGAGUCGUAGUCCCUCACCAAGCUCCAAAAGGUGGUAUCGGACUAGAUCACGAGAUAGGUAUCUCGAAAGAAAGACUGAAAUUGGACCUUAUGGAGAUCCAAAGAUGUCUCCGUAUUUAUUUCAAGAUGGAAAAUAUUGGAUCCCAGUUGGUCCAACUUUUAUACCUCGUGGUUUUAUUCCGACUCCGAUGUAUCCAAGACCAUUUAUGCCUCCUAUGAUGAUGCCUAGGAUGCCGAACAUGAUGCCACCAUAUAGGCAAAGAGUACCACGACCAAGACAACAAAGUCCUGUUGUUGAUGUCACUCCAACAACUUCAGUUCAAAUAUUGGAAGUUGAAGGAGACACUGGUCAAAGCAAACCACAGGAUAUAUAAUAUUAAGCUAUUCGAUCAAACAAUAAUGGACUCAAGGCCAUCAUCCAUUUGUAAAUAAAUUCGUUUUAACAAUUAAUUCUCCUAAAAUUUUACCAUGCUAUUGAUUUUUUUCUACAUUGUUGUCAUAUACAUUCAUGUUUCAAUUUAAUUAUUAUUCUAAUAUCUAAGGUGAAAAUUGUAAAAUGAGCUGCUAAUUUAUAUUUUUUUAUUCUUGUGGAUAUUGUCUAAUGAUGUUUUUGAUAAACGAUUGGAUUCAAUACUUCAACUUAAAUUGAAAGUACACCAAGUGUCCUUAAUUUUUGAGUUGAGGAAUUCACUGUACAACACUCUUGGAUGUUUCUGUAUUUUUAAUAUGUUUUUAUGUGAUAUAUUUUAUUGUUUAUUAUAUAAGGUUAGCAAAG